UUCAUGCGGCAACGUGGGAGUUAGCGCCCUUCGGCAUCGUCCUCCUAUUUCGCGUUGCCUGCGACCCGGCAUCACAAUGACGAUGUAUCUGACGAGGGACCUGGACAUAGAUGUGAGUCUGGCCGCCGAAUGCCUCGUGGCGAUGUCCAACGCUCGACCUCGCGAUCCGUACUCGGACUCUGAUCGGCGCAGUCCGUUGUCUCUAAGUACGACGGAUGGCAGUGACUGCAUGCCCGACGAGCAGGAAUCUCACCUCAACAACACGUCCAAGUAUAUGAUCGCCCGGAUACUGACGGACUUGACGCGGGUACCUCAAGAGCCGGUGGGUUCGGCUACCGCGAGGCCCGUAAGCAGCGUUAGGCCUAAGGUGCGCGCUGCCUCGAACAAAGCGAUCGUGGCGGCGUCGUCGGCCACACCCGGCGUGCGUGGACCUUCGUCUGCGGGGAAAAAAGUCCACAACUGCGACUUCCCAGGAUGCGACAAAGUCUACGGCAAGAGCUCCCACCUCAAAGCCCAUCUACGCACGCACACAGGCGAGCGUCCGUUCCCGUGCACCUGGUCAGAAUGCGGCAAGCGGUUCGCGCGCUCCGACGAGUUGGCGCGUCACUUCCGGACGCACACGGGCGAGAAGAAGUUCGCCUGCCCGCUGUGCGGCAAGCGCUUCAUGCGCUCCGACCACCUCACCAAGCACGCCCGCCGGCACCCGGAUUUCCGGCCGAGCAUGCUGACGUCAAACCGCCGCGGAGGCGGCAACGGCUGCCACAAGGCGAACGCCACCGCCGACUCCCUGGGGGACAGUUCCGACCACUCUCUGCCGUCCUCUCCUUAGAAGAGCCAUAAUUGCCCCCCAGGGGACAAAUAUUCAGUGCAACCAUACAUGCGUGCUUUUUGCUGGUCACCCAGGCCCAGGAGGAGGAAGGAAAAAAGAAACAUUAGCACCGAAUGUGUGUGCAUGCAGGACAUUUCGAACUGGCGCUUUGCUGUGUGGUUAUAGUUAGUCGACUGCGGUUUUUGUUGCUUCUAUUUGUUCCUCAGCUGCUGUCGUUUCUCCUGUGUGCUUUUAGUCAUUUCUACGGAUACUGCAGUCUUUCCUUAGACGAAAGUGCAGCCGUCAGUGUGUUUCGUUGAAUGGAUGCUAGUUUGUUGCCUGCCAUGUUUCACUUACUCAAAAACAAUGGCAGUGAAGUUGAGGAUGGGCACUCUAGUAUGGCGGGCCCCACCCACUACAACUCCACAAAACUUGAAAAAUAUAUUCGUUGAAGGGCUGAGUCAGUGUAGUAUAGUGAAUUUCAGUCAGAUGCUUCUUUAAGUGGGACAUAGAUCAGAGGCUUGGGUCCUUCGAUGUGGGUAGGCACUCUCUUCAUUUAUUUUUUUUGUUUUUCUGCACUGUUUCCAUCACCAUGCACAUGGUCACUAUGUAUAUAGGAGGAUGCCUGCGGGGCAGGCUAGGGCCAAUAGCCAACAUUUAUUGCUGCUUAUUCACAUCUCAGGAUCGGCUUUCCUUGAUAGCAAUGCAGGAUCUAAAGCAUCUUCUAACGAGGUCUGGCAACUAGCUCUCUCUCUUCACUCAUGUCAUGGCCUUAAACACAAGGUGUCCCUGGCCUGUAUGCGUGCACAAUCUUGUUUGGUCGCUAAUGUCUGGAGCAUUGUUAAUCACUGUCUGCUGCACAAUGUGGUGAAUGUUUGGAAUGUUGUGAAGAGUGCGGUGUGUGUGUGGGAACAGUGUUAAUACUUUUUUUUGUGUGUGUUUGUGUGUCCCUGUCAGCUUACCUCCCAGAUGGAUACUGCUUGGAACUGUGCUCACCGAUCGGUGCUGCCUUUCCCCUGUUCAUGUAAAUGAGGCUUCUGUGUUCAACUCAUCAUGUGCACAAUGGCAAUCCGAGGUACACUGGGGUUUAGUCACCAAGUAGUGUCAUUUUUAAAUAUCUUCGGGACUUUUAUCAGCUUCUCAUUUUGCUCUUGGAAGUUUCAAGAUGUCUUGGGUCCUCUUGAAUACCUCAGGACAAACUUCGAAGUGGCAGCCACUGAUCUCUUGUAUGUGGAGCAUGGUGUUUUCAUUUCCGUCUGCCCUGGGUUAGACAUGCAGUGUGUUAAGCAUUUGUUUGGAAAGCUGUUAUUGGAUUUAGUAUGUGUGAAUGCUUUGUUUGUGUUGCAAAAGCACUAUGGCUGUGAUUCAUAAUGCACCUUUGUUUUUUGUAGUGUGUGAAGUCGACUGCAUUUUGUCUGCAAUUUUAACGAUAUGGCUGGCCAUAUUGAGUUAGAUUUAAUAGCACUUUUUCUGUCAGAGAUGUGUCUGUACUAAAAACGUUAUAUGGCUUAACCUAUGUUGUGUGUGUGUUUUUCGGAGUGAUGUAUCAUUUCACGUUCUUUCUUUCGCUGCCGGAUCAGGCUAUCUCGCACAUCUCGUCGCAUCACAUGUGGUUUUUUUGGGGUUCCGCAUCUAGACCCUUGUUCACAGAUAAAUGAUUCCAUUUCUACGGUUAUUUUCUAUCGCAACAUCCACAGCACAAACCUUAUGAGGGAGCCACAACAAUGCAUCAUGACAGUUCCACAGACAACUCUGACAUCAUUUCCCAUCAUGUCAACUAAUGGCUGUCGUUUGCUUCUGUUUCCUAAGAAGAAGGGGAUAUUACAAAGCGUCGGCUGUGUCUGAGCCUACGGGGUUGUCGUUCAUGCUCAAGAUCACUAGGUAGGGGCACCAUAGUCAGCUGCUCAUUUGUCGCAUCUGAAUUAAUCCCUCCUUGCUCAUGUCGUAUCAUUCCGCUGAUGUAUACUCAAUCUGAGCAAAGGCAGGUUAGUAGGCGCAUGAAUUUUUAUUGUCUUUUUUUUUUUUACGGAUAUGGCACCCUUUUCUUGUCUUUCUUCUUUUCUUCAUGGAACUGGCCUCUUUGUUACUGCUUUUUGCGUGCACCAGUUAUGACUGCUUGCAGCAUAAGUUGUGCAAUGUACUGCACAUGUUCCCAGGGCAGCUGAGCUAUGCUCUUGUUCCUCCCUUGCGCAUAGUGAGGACGUUGGUGUGGCUGCACUAUUGCCAUUCAUUUUCUCCUGCGUAUCCCUCUUUCCUCCUGCGCCCUCCAUGUUUCGACUUUAGUGGGCACCACUGGUGCUGAAUCGAGGUUGUCCUCUACACAGUGGGAUAUGCAUAUUGGGGGCCAGGCUGUACAGCUUGUGUAGUGGGCACUGCAGUAUUUGUUUGCGGCACAUUUUGCUCGGAAGUGAUGUAUUUGGGACUUGGGACGGGGUGUCCAGGCAUGCCUGAUGCUGUGUGGCCUAUCUCUCACUUGCCAUUUUGCAGUCGCUAUCGCGAAUGCUGAACCCCUUUGUGCAUUUUGUGAGGGAGUGAGCGUGAAGGCUCUGGGUUGCCUGUGGAGUUUCCUUUGUAUGGCAGGAAUGUGGUCUUCAGUAAGAGUCAGAGUGUAUUAUACUGCUCGCUAUAUUUGCUUCCUUUUUUGUUCAUUGUAAUACAUAUGUCGCAUAUUAGCGCCCAACACAUUAGGUGGGCUUGCCACUCGUCUUACACCCUGUAUGCUACUUGCUCUUUUACUUUCUCCCGAUUGGCUAAAUCUGUGCCUCUGCCUCCCUAGCAAGUCUUCGCAAAGCAGUGCAACUCAAGUGCUUGUGGAAUGUGGAGGAAAGAAUGGCAUUGGCACACGGCUGUAAUUGCUGAGGAUGUGUGUGCGACUCGUGUCGUUGAAUUUAUUAUGUGUGAUAUAGAGGUGACAGUUAAUGAUGGCUCGUAGUUUCUCAGAUGUCUAGAAAAAAAAACAGAUUGAUGUCUUGAACUUCCAAAUAAUUUUUUAAUUAUGCCAGCUGCCACUUACAUUUAUGAUUCAGUAAGAAAUAUAAUAAUUUUUCAUGGCACGUGUUUUCUGUUAAGGAAAGUGACAAAAAAAACAAUUGAAUUAGGAAGGGCAGCUAUUAAUGUGUCAAACACAAAAAAAUGUCAUAUUCACUGUAAGAAAGUUUUUAAUAGUAAUGUACCCCUACUGAUGUACUUCAAUGCACCCUUGUGGUAUGCAGCUGCCAAGUGCCGUGGUAUGCUGCAAACUAGCUCACUGUUGGCUUCCAUCUCAGUGAGUUUUAAAGCUCUCUGCUAGUGAGUGGCACCUAAUGAUGUAUUCAUCCGUAUUUAAGCACAGUAGUUAUAGUAGUAGGUUUUUCUCAUAGGUUUUUCACAUAACAGAUGAAUGCCUUGUCCAUAUAUUUUUUAUCGCUAUUAACAACACCACUGUACAAAAACUUUGGCUUGCGACGAAGCCAGCAGGAUUUGCUUUUGAAUGCCUCUGUGGCGGUUCUGUGGGGCUAAUACUCUUGCAUAGACUAUGCGUUCCUGUGUUUUUAUUGUUGUGUUUGACAAAGCCAGCAGUGUGGCUUUGUGUUGUUAAGCAGUUUUUGUCUUUGAAUUCAUUUGUUUUUUUUUAAAGAUACUAAUAUUUUUUAAAGGCACAGCCCUCCUCGUGUUUUUUUUUUUUUUUUUCGAGAACAUCACAGUCAGGCACAAUUUAUUGUCUUACGUACCAACUUGCAGCUUUUAACAGCUGUUUCCUCGUACUAGUUUUUAUUCGCGGACCUGCUUUUCUUGUUGCAUAGUGUAUCAGUGCUGUAAAUAUUGUACUAUAAGCAUGUUGUUGUUUACAUAUUUACCUACGCCAAAUAUCCUCUGUGGAUUUUCGGAACCUCCUUUUUUUUUUUAACUGCCAAUCGGGCAUGUUCUUCGCCUUUCGGGUGAAAACUUGCCUUGGUGUUUUUUGUCCCCGGCCCCCGAGAGUGCAAAUGAGAAGAAGUUGUAGGGACCUUUUGAUGUCAUUGGCAAUUUAGUACUUACACAAACUGUAUUUGUAUAUAGGAGUUUAUUGGCCUCCAUGGUGUACAGAAUCUAAAACUUAACGUGAGAGCCCUUUGAGGUGCAUUAUUUAUACACUGAAAUAAAUAUUGUUAGACAAAGUGCAA